GAGAAAGCUGUCAUAUUUGCUCCGAAGAACCGCCAAAUCAGAGCGCAGAGGAAAUUUCAUUGGCGGAGCCCCUUCAACAGCAACUAAUCCUGUCAGAUCGAAAGAAAAUUGUAAAUGUUCUCUUCCAGAAACUGUCCGCCCAUUGCAGCUAAUCGAACAGAUACGCACAAAUAGAGACACCUCUCGCCCUGCUGCUAUGCACAGCGGGUGAGGGCGCAGAGACCCGUUCUAGGGAGCAGGCACGCGGGGGCACCGACACACACACUCCACUCGCACACACGCACACGCGCACACGCGCACACCAGCCUGCGGGCUUGGCCAGAGCCUGAAGUCGCAGAUCCUACUAGGAAAUCGCCAGAGGCGCUGGGAGAAGUGGAAGAGCGCAGCUCGCAGACUCUAAUUACUACUUCCCGGCACUCGGGUGAAGAAAUGAAGCCCACACAGCUGCUCGCCAUAUCCAGGUCUCCUUUCUAUUUCGGUGUCCACAGUCAUCUCCCUGAAAGCCAGAUCCAGGGAGAAGGCGAGCGGGCAGUCAGCUGCGGACUCUAAGCUGUGCUGCUGGCGCCGCCUGAGCGGGUCCAACUUGAGCCCGCCAAAGGUUCCUCGCUCCGGCCAGACUCCACCAGAUCUCAGCCCCGGGCCACUAAGUCAGCUACAGGUUUAAAUGUUUGUUUGGAGGCGUGGCUACUGAACACAAAAUGAAUAACUCAACAAACUCAUCUAAUAAUGGCUUGGCUAUUAGCAGUCCUUACAAGACAUUUGAAGUGGUAUUUAUUGUCCUUGUGGCUGGAUCCCUCAGUCUGGUGACCAUCAUUGGAAACAUCCUUGUCAUGGUUUCCAUUAAAGUCAACCGCCACCUUCAGACAGUCAACAAUUACUUCUUGUUCAGCCUUGCCUGUGCUGACCUCAUCAUAGGUGUUUUCUCCAUGAACUUGUAUACCCUCUACACUGUGAUUGGUUACUGGCCUUUGGGACCUGUAGUAUGUGACCUGUGGCUAGCCUUGGACUAUGUAGUCAGCAAUGCCUCUGUUAUGAAUUUGCUCAUCAUCAGCUUUGACAGGUACUUCUGUGUCACAAAACCCCUGACCUACCCAGUUAAGCGGACCACAAAAAUGGCGGGCAUGAUGAUUGCAGCUGCCUGGGUCCUUUCCUUCAUCCUCUGGGCUCCAGCCAUUCUCUUCUGGCAGUUCAUUGUAGGGGUGAGAACUGUAAAGGAGGGGGAGUGCUACAUUCAGUUCUUUUCCAAUGCUGCUGUCACCUUUGGCACUGCCAUUGCAGCCUUCUAUCUGCCGGUCAUCAUCAUGACUGUGUUGUAUUGGCACAUAUCCCGGGCAAGUAAGAGUAGGAUAAAGAAGGAAAAGAAGGAACCGGUGGCCCACCAAGAUCCAGUAUCUCCAAGUCUAGUGCAGGGAAGAAUUGUAAAGCCAAACAACAACAACACUUCAGGUGGUGAUGGUGGCCUGGAGCACAACAAAAUCCAGAACGGCAAGGCUCCCCGGGAUGGCGUGACUGAAAACUGUGUUCAGGGGGAAGAGAAGGAGAGCUCGAAUGACUCCACCUCAGUCAGUGCUGUCGCCUCCAAUAUGAGAGAUGAUGAAAUAACCCAGGAUGAAAACACAGUUUCUACUUCCCUGGGCCAUUCUAAAGAUGACAACUCUAAGCAAACAUGCAUCAAAAUUGUCACCAAGACCCAAAAAGGUGACUCAUGCACCCCAACGAGUACCACAGUAGAACUAGUUGGGUCAUCGGGUCAAAAUGGGGAUGAAAAGCAGAACAUUGUAGCACGCAAGAUUGUGAAGAUGACCAAGCAGCCUGCCAAAAAGAAGCCUCCGCCAUCCCGGGAAAAGAAGGUGACCAGGACAAUCUUGGCUAUCCUGCUGGCUUUCAUCAUCACCUGGGCACCGUACAAUGUCAUGGUGCUCAUCAAUACCUUCUGUGCACCCUGCAUCCCCAAUACAGUGUGGACAAUCGGCUACUGGCUCUGUUACAUCAAUAGCACCAUCAACCCUGCCUGCUACGCACUUUGCAAUGCCACCUUCAAAAAGACUUUUAAACACCUCCUUAUGUGUCACUACAAGAAUAUAGGCGCUACAAGGUAAAAGACCUCUACAAAAGAAGAAAAGUGGUCGAGUAGGGCUUGGGAAGAAGAACAGAGACAAGACAGCUGUCUGUUUAUAGUGCUCUGCCAUUGCACUUUCCAGUCUUGCUACAAAUGUGCAGUUAAGGAGCUCUAGAAUAACAUUCUUACCAUGCCCAUGCUCCAGUUUGAAAACUAAAUACAGGGCUCUUACCUUAUAGAUGUUGUCCAGAUAGGAGUCAAUGAAAGAGACGGGAUGAAAUUGUGGAUCUAGGAAACAAUCUGUGCUGUCUCCUACUCUCUUGAAGAAGGGCUUCGAAUCUGCAAGUUCAUGUCUCUGCACAAGAAGAGAAACCUUGUUUGUUGUUUUUUCUGUUGUCCCAUGUGUCUACAUGAGGAAGAAAUGCUACAUUGUAUGCUAACACAGAGACCUAACCAUAAAGAAGCAGACCUAACACUGAGUCAUAUAAAGAAGGAAAAUCAGAUAGAAGGCAGAGAUGAUCUGCAGAGUACUGAGCGUCUUCUAGGCUAUGCUGUGCUCUUUGAAGGAUUUCAGUGUAAUCACUGUUUUUUCUUCUCUCUUCUUCUUUCCCAACAUGAAAAGCAAGAAAGCAAAAUAACAAAAACCACCCAACUAGGCCAUACUAUUUUUUCUACUAUUUUUGUAGUUUCUGGUUUUAUAUUGUGUGUGGAUAGUACCUGUAGGACUUCUCGUAAAUCUGGCCAGAGACAACUACACAAAGAAAUGGUCACUUGGCCUCUUCCCACUGUGUCGUUGCAUUUUUGAGGGUGUAGAAACCUUUAAGGAUUUCACUCACUUGGGUUCCUUUGUAUGGAAUAUUUUCACCCAUCUGAUUUUCUUCAGAACUCACCCUUUUUAACAGACUAGUCUGCCUAAGACACAAAUAUACUUGGGAAACCAAAGUCAUUUAAAAUUGAAUUUUAAUCACUUUAGGAAAUGGUCACUCAAGUUGGGGAAGGUUCACCGAGGCCAGAUGAAGUUUGAGAUGAGAAGACAGAGUGUCAGAAGGGCAUAUGUUUGAACCCAAACCUACCUGACCCAUGUACCUGACCAUUUUAAAGUGUACAAUGUAAAUUCCUGACUUUGUCAGCAGGAAGGCAAUGCUGCUUCGCUCAUUUGGAAUCUUAAACAAGAUUAGUUUACUGUGUUAGUCCCAAGAGAAAAGACCUUAUAUGCCAUGUCUAUUAGCAGAUGAUUUUCAAAUUAUACUCAAAUGAUGUUUUCUAUAAUCACACUAAGACACAGGGGUGGAGAAAAGGGUCAUGCAAAAACAUUUACUAAUAUUAAAUGUUCCAUGCUCUUCAAAUUGUCUUCAAAUCUGUGUAAGAUUAUAUUACUUAAAAAUUCUGUAAUCAGGAGAGCUAUAUUAAUCUUUGUACCAUAAAUAUAGAGGAUAACCAAACAGAGGCAAAAUAUGCCCAUAGAACCUGAUGAGAGAGUUUAUGUGUUUUUUGUCAUGCCAUUAUUUUUCAGUCUAAUCUGACCAUAGAUAGCUAUCACAGAAAUGAUUACUGAAUGAUAGUAUUAAACAGACCAUGUCUGUGUAGGAAAUCCAUCCUUGAUAGACUAAAUAAAUACAGAAUUAUAUCAAUCCACAUUUAAGUAGUUAUUUUGUCUUCAUGUAUUUUCUCCCAUUAUAUGUUAUUGUCUUCCAAUCAGAUUUUCUAAGUGUAAGCCUAAUGGAUAGAAAUCAAAGUUAUAAAUUUCUUUUUCCAAAGUUCAUCUUUUCACUGAUGAGCUUUGAUUCCAUUGCUAUCCAUCCCAGGAAGGUUACAUGGCGAAUUGAUCAGUAUAAAUUCCUAACACUUAUUAGGGUUAUUCUGGCUGGCUGUACAUCAGUAGCAUCUCACCAAGUGGGAGACAAGGGGUAUGACAACAGCAACAAAGCUAUUGUAAAUUAAUAAGAAGCAAUUUGCUAAUGAUAUAUGUAUUUAUCCUUUAUGAACAUAACUUCUUAUUUGAGUUAUAUCAGUUGUUUUUACCUCAAAAAACUCCUAUGUAUAAAAUAUAACAUUGGUUCAAGCACAUUAGUGUAUAAUAAGUUGAUGUAGUUCCUUUAGUUCAGAAUUACUAAAAUGCAAAUUUUGAAAUUUAAGAUUACAUUUUUUAUGUUGUUUCUUCAACUAGUUGAGUGGAGAGAACUUCAUUCCAAUGGGCUUCUUGGUUUCCUAUAAGAAAAAUGAUCUAUUGGCCGACUUUCAUUUUUAAUGUGUUGUGUACUGUUGUGAUGCAGACAUGGCUUCCAUUGGAACCAUCAAUUUGGAGGCCAGGAUUCAGUAUUUAUCACUGUUUGCUUUAAGCCCAAUCCACAAUGAGCCAAUCUUUGUCUUGCUCUGUAUCUCUAUUGUAUCUUUCCCUUGAUUCCUUCUGUGCCUGAUAAUUUGCCACAGCUGCCACAACUUUAUUAAAAGAGAAAACUGUCAAGUUCAAGAAAAGUGUGGAGACAGACCACCAUACCAUGGAAAUGUUCUCUACCUGAAUCAGAAGUUAAUGGAAGGACAUUGACAUGAUUGGAGCGAGGCUGUCUUCAAAGAUCUGUUUCCACUGUUGCUGGCUUUGCUUUUUUUAUGACUCUAAAGCAGAGGCAAUUUUUAUCCCAUGGACAUUUAGUGAUAUGCAGAGCCAUUUUGAUUGUCACAAUUGGGAAUAGGCAUUUGUAUGUAAUGAGAAGGGGCUUUGAAUGCUGCUGCACAGGUUACAAUCCACAAGAUGGACUUCCUCACCCCCUCCCAGAGAAAAUGAUUUGGCUCAAAAUGGCAAUGGUACCAGGACCGAGAAAUACUGGCUUCUAUUAAGGGAUUUCUGGAGCUUUUCCAUCAUUUAAAAAAAAAAGGAUGGAAUAAAGCAACAUGUACUCAUCAGCUAUCAAAAACACUCCCCCAGUAACUGUGGGAUUUGAAAUUCACAGACAUAAGCACAGACCACACCUACAUUGUAAGACCAGCAGCUCUCACACACCUGGAACACUGUGGCAUCUUAAUGUCUGUUAUAGCACCACAGACGCUAGUUGAGAGGCUGCAGUAUUGUCUUGAACAUAGCUGCUUCUAGUCUGAUCAGAUUCUACUGGAAACAUCUUUUUUUUCAAACUAAUGAAGAGUCUUUUAAAGAAACAAUAUGACUCAUCUUCGCUUUCACUGGAAAUGUCAGUAGCUGUCAGCCUUUUUUUUCUGUUCUCCUCCUGGCGAUAAUGUAAAUAUCCCAGAUUGGUAUUAUAACAGAAAUGACUGAGAGUAUGAAAAGUGUCAGUUCAUGUCUUGAGAAUAGAACUGAUUGCCUCUUGACCAAUUCAUCAUUCGCUUGAUGACAGAUCCCAAGUGCUAAGGCAAGGUCACCAAUAUAGUAAUCUACAGAGAAUAAGACAAACCAUCUGGCUUGAUGUAUGGAAUCUAGAAUCCCACAUCCUUCUGCUGUUGGCCCACUCACUGCUUUUUGAUCCUGAAGAGAUGGCAUGAGGGGAGACUGGAUUUAAAAUUGAUACCAACAGUUAUUCAGCAAUGCAGUCAGCUUUUAUUUUCUCCUAUUUAGUUCAUCAACAGUUGCUCCCCUCCUCAAUUUGAUAAGAUCUCUAUCAACAACCGUAACACUGGUGUUGCAAAUAGAUUAGCAAGGCACCGCAGCUGGAUAAACUUGUGCAACAUGUAUUCUCAGCAUGUACAUACAAUGCCAUGCCUCUCCAAUAGGCUUCUCUUAAAAGGGUGCACGCUGUAGCAUGAACUCUGUGUAUAUUUAAUAUAUCUUCCCGUAAUAUGCUGUAUGCUUCAUAUAUACAUAUAUAUUCUAUAAAUAAAAUAAAAUGUAUAAUAGAAAUACA